UGUGCAAGAGGAAACGUCUCGACUAAAUCAAACAAACAUUUUUCUGCUUUGCCUGCGAAGCUCGCCGUCACCGUUGCCGGAUGGAUCGACCACCGUCGUUUCCGCACUAUCAAAACCCUAAUCCGAAUUUCUUCCACCAGUGUCCUCCUCUAAAUCAUAAUCCUAAUUUCUUCUUCCGACCUCCUCCUCUGCAGAAUCCUAACACGUACUCCAUCGCUCCGUCUCCGCCGCCGAUUCGAGAGCUCUCCGGUACACUCUCCUCUUUGCGAUCCCUAUUGUCGGAAUGUCAGCGCACCUUAGACUCUCUCUCGGAAAAACUAGCUUUAGACCACUCUUCUCUCCUCCAGAAGGACGAGAAUGGCGGUUUUGUUCGGUGCCCUUUUGAUCCUAAUCACCGUAUGCCACCAGAAUCCCUCUUCCUCCAUUCACUUCGCUGCCCAAAUCCCAUUGACCUCACUCACCUUCUUGGGUCCUUCAGUAGUUACCGGAACACGCUCGAGUUACCAUGUGAACCGCAGUUGAAUAACGGCGACGGUGACCUCUGUGUCACCUUAGAUGACUUGGCCGAUUCCGGGACCAAUUUCUUCUACAGAGAUUGCCCAGGCGCUGUCAACUUCUCAGAGGUCAAUGGUAAAAAGCGAACUCUAACACUUCCCAGUGUUCUUCAACCUGUGGGAUGCAGCGAUUUUGUGGGUUCUGAUGAGAAAGAGAAAAAGAGAAUAUGGUUAGGGCUCUUGCCGUCUGAUCUCUGCGCUAUAAAAAAUGAGAUUGGAAAAUGGAGAGACUACCCAACUUCGUAUUCCUUUUGUCUUCUUUGUGUGAUUUUGGGUUUAAAAUUGACGGAAACGAGUGAGUUGAGGACAUGGAUUCUUGUGAAUUCCACGAGAUAUGGAGUUAUAAUCGAUACAUACAUGAGGGAUCAUAUACUCUUGCUAUUUCGGUUGUCUCUGAAAGCGGUUGUUAAGGAAGCUUGUGGAUUUAUGAUGGAGUCUGAUGAUAAUGCCGUUGGCGAGCAGCAGGUUAUGAGCAUCAAAAGUAGAACAUUCGAGUGCGCGGUCUUGGUUCGAGUGUGGUCUUGGUUAGCUUCUCAACUUGCUGUCUUGUAUGGAGAAGGAAACGGGAAGUUUUUCGCUCUAGAUAUGUUCAAGCAGUGCGUAGUAGAAUCUGCCUCUCAAAUGAUGUUGUUUCGGUCUGAAGUAACUAGACCUGAAUGCUACGGAGUUCGUCGGGAUUUGGAUGAUGCGAACUCCAUCAAUAAGAAUGUGAAGAUGGGUAAUUCAUUGGAGAAAAAUUCAGGCGAGGAAGUCGACAAAACUCAGGUGAUAUCUGUGUCCCGCGUUGCAGCAGCUGUUGCAGCUUUGUAUGAAAGAUCCGUGCUUGAAGGGAAAAUGAGGGCAAUACGAUAUCCACAACCACUAACAAGAUAUCAGCGUGUGGCUGAGCUUGGUGAUAUGACAGUUAAAGCUGAUGAGGAACGGAAAAGACGUCCUAGCUACCGACCUAUCAUCGAUCAUGAUGGUCUUCCGAGACAACGGUCAUCAAAUCAGGAUAUGAAUAAAAUGAAGACAAGAGAAGAGCUUUUGGCUGAAGAGAGAGAUUACAAGCGUCGAAGAAUGUCAUACCGUGGUAAGAAGGUGAAACGAACGCCUAGACAGGUGUUGCGGGAUAUGAUAGAAGAAUUUACAGAAGAGGUUAAGCUAGCAGGAGGUAUCGGGUGUUUUGAGAAGGGAAUGCCAUUACACUCCCAGUCUUCUCUAGGCCACAAUCAGAAAGAAAGCGACUUUGGAUACAAUACUGCAUCAUCAACAUUAGCAGACGCAUCGCCCAGAUUAUAUAAGCAAUCGAAAGGAGAGAACCGUGCAGACAAUGAAUAUCCAGUGGAUUCUAGAACUCAUACAGAUAAAGGAAAGCGGUAUGAGGAGUAUGAUUCAGGUAGCUCACAGAGACAGCAGAGUCACAGAUCAUAUAAGCACAGUGAUCGCAGAAAUGAUGAAUCCACAAGUGCCAAACGACGUAGCCUCGAGAGGAAAUCUCAUCAUCGAAGCCACAGAUCAUCUCAUGAGAAGAAUUCUUCAGAUUAUAGGACCAAAAGGGAUGAUCCUUAUGACCGCUGCAGUCGGGAAUCUAGCAGUCACAACUCGUUUGCAGAUAGAUACAAUCCAAAAGAAAGGGAGUGAACUUGAAAGAAGGUUGAAGUUAUUUUCAAGUAUGUUCUUGCUAUGAACAGGCCAUGAGCCAUGUGAUUGCUGAGAAGAGAUGGGAACUUCACUUGUAAUGGUGAGAGAAGACAUGUCACCGGUUUAGGUGGUGUAAGCGGGACUGCUAUUAGCUUAUGGUUUAUAUCAUAGUAUCACUGUUACUUAACCAAUGUAAUUGGUGAAGGAGUGUUAUCUUAAUGUCACGUACUUCUCUCUUAUAAGUUAAACAAUAGUGACAAAGAAAUUACCCUAUAACUGAAUGUAAAUAAUAUUUCCACACUUUUCCCGUUAUCUG